UAGCUCCCCCCUCCGAAGUUUUGGGCGCGAGGGCCGCUGGGGGUGGGUGGGGACGGCGUCUGUCACAGCCCUGGCCCGGCCGAUCAGCACGUUCACCUCUCUCUCGGUGGCUCCGGGUGUCCGCAUCCUCCCGCUGGCACCAGCCACCCUCCCUCUCCUUCCCUCCCUCCUUCCCCUCCCCCCGCAGGCCGGCCCAGCUCCCCGAGGCACAGGAGUGAGCGGAGCCCCCAGGGCGGGGAGGAGCGGCCGCAGAUUUGUCUGAAGAACUGAAGAGUCUUCUGCUUUACUACAAGCUACUGUACUUUGAGUUUCGCUGCAUCUGGUCUUGCUUUCCUGAUUAAAAAUGUUACUGACUUGAAUCCAGUUUUUCCAUUUGGCGAAGAGGAAGAAGAAUUUUCGCAUUGCCUAUUCAUGACCUUUUGAAUCUCUAAGGAGGGAUGUUUGUAAGAUGUUGCUUCUCAGUGCUUGGAAUCCUGUCAGUCUUUUGGUGGUAAAUGAUACCUACAUUUGCAAGUAUUGUUAAAAAUUUAAGAACCUCUAUGGGUAACUCUUGGCUGGAAGAAAGCAUUUGUCAACCAUGGUAAAACUUGCAAACCCACUUUACACAGAGUGGAUUCUUGAAGCAAUACAGAAAGUCAAAAAACAAAAGCAGAGGCCGUCUGAGGAAAGAAUCUGCCAUGCGGUAUCGGCAUCCCAUGGCCUGGAUAAGAAGACUGUCUCUGAGCAGCUAGAACUGAGCGUUCAGGAUGGCUCUGUUCUCAAAGUCACCAACAAAGGCCUUGCUUCCUACAAGGACCCUGACAAUCCUGGACGUUUUUCAUCCGCUAAACCAGGCACUUUUCCUAAAUCCGCCAAGGGGUCUAGGGGGUCAUGCAACGAUCUCCGCAACGUGGACUGGAAUAGACUCUUAAAGAGAGCAAUCGAAGGGCUUCAAGAACCGAAUGGCUCCUCCCUGAAGAACAUAGAAAAAUAUCUUAGAAGUCAGAGCGACUUAGCAAGCACCGCCAACAACGCUGCCUUUCAGCAGCGGUUACGCUUGGGGGCCAAACGCGCUGUGAACAAUGGGAGGCUACUGAAAGACGGGCCUCAGUAUAGGGUGAAUUAUGGUAGUUUAGAAGGCAGUGGAGCUCCAAAGUAUUCCAACACUUUUCCAUCUUCCCUUCCUCCUGUCAGCCUUCUACCCCAUGAGAAAGACCAGCCUCGAGCUGAUCCCAUUCCAAUAUGUAGCUUCUGUUUGGGGACGAAAGAAUCAAAUCGAGAGAAGAAACCAGAAGAACUCCUGUCUUGUGCAGACUGUGGCAGUAGUGGACACCCAUCAUGUUUGAAAUUCUGUCCAGAAUUAACAACAAAUGUAAAGGCCUUAAGAUGGCAGUGUAUUGAAUGCAAGACAUGUAGUGCAUGUAGAAUCCAAGGCAAAAAUGCAGAUAAUAUGCUUUUUUGUGAUUCUUGCGAUAGAGGGUUCCACAUGGAGUGCUGUGACCCACCGCUUUCCAGAAUGCCAAAAGGGAUGUGGAUUUGCCAAGUCUGCAGACCAAAGAAAAAGGGAAGAAAACUACUUCAUGAGAAAGCUGCACAAAUUAAACGACGAUAUGCAAAACCUAUUGGACGACCGAAAAAUAAACUAAAACAACGAAUGUUGUCUGUAACCAGUGAUGAAGGAUCCAUGAAUGCAUUCACAGGAAGGGGGUCACCUGGUAGGGGUCAAAAGACUAAAGUGUGUACCACACCUUCAUCUGGUCAUGCUGCAUCUGUGAAGGACUCAAGCAGCAGAUUGGCUGUUACAGACCCCACUCGGCCUGGUGCCGCCACCAAAAUCACCACCACCUCCACCUACAUAUCUGCCUCUACACUUAAAGUUAACAAGAAAACCAAAGGGCUCAUUGAUGGCCUUACUAAGUUUUUCACACCAUCACCCGAUGGUCGCAGAUCACGAGGUGAAACAAUAGACUUUUCAAAGCACUAUCGUCCAAGGAAAAAGGUCUCCCAGAAACAGUCAUGCACUUCUCAUGUGUUGGCUACAGGUACCACACGAAAGCUAAAACCUCCACCUUCUGCACUUCCACCCCUAAUCCCCAUCUCUGGCCAGAGCCCCGGUUCACAAAACUCUAGUACUCCCGCUUCUAAUUCUCCCCAGAGUUCUUCUAGUCAGUCAAGCGUGCCCUCCUUUAGCAGCCUUGCCAAGAACAGUCAGCUGAAGGGACUUUUUGAUGGACUUUCUCAUAUUUAUACUGCUCAGGGACACCCAAGUUCUGCACCACCCAAACGUUUGCGUCGUAAACCUGAAUUCUCUUCCACCACAAAACCUAAUGCCCAUUUCUGUGGGAAGAAAAAUAAUAGAAGUAGGUUUAUUUCUCACUCCUCCGUGUCCUCUGGCUGGGGACUGUCUAGAGGACGUAUUUUUAAAGCAGUUGCUCACUUCAAGCGAACAACUUUCCUUAAAAAGCACAGGAUGAUAGGCAAAUUAAAGUAUAAAGUGACCCCUCAGAUGAGAACCCCCUCACCAGGGAAGGGGAGCUUGGCAGACGGAAGGAUUAAACCUGAUCAGGAUUAUGAUACCGAAAUCAAAAUAAGCAUCAAACAAGAAGGUACAGAUGUAAAUGUGGUUGGAAGCAAGGAUUCUGUUACGGAAGAAGAUUUGGAUGAUUUUAAACAAGCCCAGGAACUUUCCUUGGAGAAAAUAGGAUGUAAAAAUGGUGUGGAAUCCAAUGGACGGUAUCCUUCGGUAAUAGAAUUUGGAAAGUAUGAAAUCCAAACCUGGUACUCUUCGCCUUAUCCACAGGAAUAUGCAAGAUUACCAAAGCUUUACCUGUGUGAAUUCUGUCUUAAAUACAUGAAAAGUAAAAACAUUUUGUUAAGGCACUCAAAGAAAUGCGGAUGGUUUCAUCCUCCAGCAAAUGAAAUCUACAGAAGGAAAGAUCUGUCAGUAUUUGAGGUUGAUGGGAAUGUGAGCAAAAUUUAUUGCCAAAACCUUUGCUUGUUAGCCAAGCUCUUCCUGGACCACAAAACCUUGUAUUAUGAUGUUGAGCCGUUCCUUUUUUAUGUUCUGACAAAAAAUGAUGAAAAGGGCUGUCAUCUCGUUGGAUACUUCUCUAAGGAAAAGCUUUGCCAGCAGAAGUACAAUGUCUCCUGCAUAAUGAUCAUGCCCCAGUACCAAAGGCAAGGAUUUGGAAGGUUUCUCAUUGAUUUCAGCUAUUUGCUUUCUAGAAGAGAGGGACAAGCAGGAUCUCCUGAAAAGCCACUAUCUGAUUUGGGUCGUCUCUCCUAUCUGGCGUAUUGGAAAAGCGUUAUUUUAGAAUACCUUUAUUACCACCAUGAAAAACACAUCAGCAUCAAAGGAAUAAGCCGGGCCACUGGCAUGUGUCCUCAUGAUAUUGCCACCACUCUGCAGCAUCUCAGGAUGAUUGACAAGAGGGAAGAAAAAUUUGUGAUAAUUAGAAGAGAAAAACUGAUAUUAGGCCAUAUGGAAAAACUGAAAACCAAUGCACGUGUAAAUGAACUUGACCCAGAAAGUCUGAGGUGGACACCAUUGUUAGUUUCUAACGCUGCAGUUUCUGAAGAGGAACGAGAAGCUGAAAAAGAGGCUGAACGUCUGAUGGAACAGGCUAGCUGCUGGGAAAAAGAAGAUCAAGAAAUUUUAUCAACAAGAGCUAAUAGUAGGCAAUCACCUGCAAAAGUACAAUCAAAAAAUAAAUAUUUGCGGUCUCCAGAGAAUGUGCCCAUAGCAGGAGACAGAGGGCCGUCUACAGAGCCAAUUAAAGAUAGCAGUGAAGAGGAAGAAGAGGAAGAAGAAGAAGAAGAGGAGGAGGAAGAAGAGGAAGAGGAGGAAGAGGAAGAAAAUCACCGGAGCUCUCCUCCUCGGUUGACAAAACCACAGUCACUUGCUCUGAAGAGAAAGAGACCUUUUAUAGUGAAGAAGAAAAGGGGCCGUAAGCGUAGAAGGAUCAAUAGCAGUGUCACAACAGAGACAAUUUCUGAAACUACAGAAGUGUUGAAUGAGCCAUUUGAUAACUCCGAUGAUGAGCGGCCCAUGCCACAGCUGGAGCCUACCUGUGAAAUUGAGGGAGAAGAAGAUGACUUGAAACCUGCCAUGAGAAAAGUAUUCCAGUUUCAGUCUGGGAAACAGAGACAAAAUGAGGAAGAAGAGAAAGACAAUCAUUGCUUUAAUAAUGAUGACCCUUGUAGGAACAACACAGAUAAUUCAAAUAAUUUAAAAGAAGACAGUGUAGACAAUCCAGAAUCUCUAAAGUGCAAACAAGCAUGGCCGAAAGGAAUGAAGCGUGGCCCAUCUAAAUGGAAGCAAAACAAAGACAGGAAGACUGGUUUUAAACUGAACUUGUAUACCCCACCUGAGACUCCAAUGGAGCCUGACUACCAAGGGACAGGAGAAGAGCAGAAGGAAGCCACUGAAGACAAACCAAGCCACGUUCCUGUCGUGGCAGAAGAGGCAGCAAAAGAAACCGAUCAGCCCAUGCAGCCCCAAAAUGAAAAUGGAGGCGAGGCAUCCAUACCUCCAAGCCCCGGUAAGUUACCUUUUGAAAAAUCAGAGAAUGAUAUGAUGAAGCCAGAGGAGGAGGAGGAAGAGGAAGAAGAAGAGGAAGAAAGAACUGUAGAAAGAGACUCAGACAGUGCUAAAAGCCAAGAGAGAGACCAGACAGAGCUGUUUGUGGGAAAAGAGGGUCCAGAGCAUUUGGAUGAUCAUGAAGAAGAGGAAGAGGAGGAGGAAGAGCCCUCCCAUAAUGAAGAUCACGAUGCAGAUGAUGAAGAUGACGGUCACAUGGAGGUCACAGAAGCGGACAGAGAGGAGCUCUCGGGAGAAGCCUUCAAGGAAGUGUUGGAGAACCAGGAGACUUUUUUAGACCUGAGUGUUCAAACUGGUCAUUCAAACCAGGAACACUUAAUGGACUGUGGCAUCGACCUGGCAGCUUCAUGCAGCAGUGAGCCGAAGGAGCUUCCUGCAGAUGCAGAAGAUGUGCCUGAGGCUGAUGAGGGAUGCCCAGAAGGACUGGCAGAGGGUCAGGACCAAAAGAAGAGUGAAGAUUUAAGCUCCGAAUUCAAAGAGGAGACCCCAGAAACCAUGGAGAUCGACUCAGAGACUGUACAGGCAGUUCAGUCUUUGACCCAGGAAAACACUGGACAGGAUGACGCCUUCCAGGAGUGCACUGAAACUCAAGAGGCUUGCAGAAGCCUGCAGAACUAUUCGCAAGCAGACCAAAGCCCACAGAUUGCCACUCUGGAUGACUGCCAACAGUCCAACCACAGCAGCCCCGUCUCAUCUGUCCCUUCCCAUCCUAGUCAGUCAGUUCGUUCUGUUAAUAGUCCAAGUGUUCCCGCCUUGGAAAACAGCUACCCUCAGAUCAGCCCUGAUCAAAGUGCCAUCUCUGUGCCGUCUUUGCAGAACAUGGAAACCAGCCCAAUGAUGGAUGUUCCCUCGGUUUCAGAUCAUUCACAACAAGUUGUAGACAGUGGAUUUAGUGAUCUGGGUAGUAUUGAGAGCACCACUGAAAAUUAUGAAAACCCAAGCAGCUAUGAUUCUUCCAUGGGCAGUAGUAUCUGUGGAAAUAACUCUUCACAAAACAGCUGUUCCUAUAGCAGCCUCACGUCCAGUAAUCUGACCCAGAGUAGUUGUGCGGUCACGCAGCAAAUGUCCAACAUGAAUGGGAGCUGCAGCAUGAUGCAGCAAACAAGUAUCAGUUCUCCCCCUACUUGCAAUGUCAAGUCUCCUCAAGGUUGUGUGGGGGACAGGCCCCCCAGUAGCAGCCAGCAGCUGUCUCAGUGCAGCCUGGCUGCCAAUUUCACCCCCCCCAUGCAGCUAGCAGAAAUCCCCGAGACUGGCAGUGCAAACAUUGGCCUGUAUGAACGAAUGGGUCAGAGUGAAUUUGGGGCCGGGCAUUACCCUCAGCCAUCAGCUACCUUCAGCCUUGCCAAACUGCAGCAGUUAACGAAUACUCUUAUUGAUCAUUCAUUGCCUUACAGCCAUUCCGCUGCUGUAACUUCCUAUGCAAACAGUGCCUCUUUGUCCACACCUUUGAGUAACACAGGGCUUGUUCAGCUUUCUCAGUCUCCACAUUCUGUCCCUGGGGGGCCCCAAGCACAAGCUACUAUGACCCCACCCCCCAAUCUUACUCCUCCGCCAAUGAAUUUGCCACCUCCUCUUUUGCAACGGAAUAUGGCUGCGUCCAACCUUGGCAUCUCUCACACCCAAAGACUGCAAACUCAGAUUGCCAGCAAGGGCCACGUGUCCAUGAGAACCAAAUCGGCAUCUCUACCACCAGCUGCAGCAGCCCACCAGUCACAGAUCUACGGGCGCACUUCACAGACUGUAGCCAUGCAAGGCCCCGCAAGGACUUUAGCCAUGCAGCGCGGAAUGAACAUGAGCGUGAACCUAAUGCCUGCCCCAGCCUACAACGUCAAUUCCGUGAACAUGAAUAUGAACACCCUCAAUGCAAUGAACGGGUACAGUAUGUCCCAACCCAUGAUGAACAGUGGCUACCACAGUAAUCACAGCUACAUGAAUCAAACUCCCCAGUACCCUAUGCAGAUGCAGAUGGGCAUGAUGGGAACCCAGCCAUAUGCACAGCAGCCAAUGCAGACACCACCCCACAGUAAUAUGAUGUACACUGCUCCCGGACAUCACGGUUACAUGAACACCGGCAUGUCCAAGCAGCCCCUCAAUGGAUCCUACAUGCGAAGGUAGGCUAAGUGGGGAGUCGCAGAACCUAACUGGCAUCACCAUUGGAUUGAUCUGCACAACUGUCUUUGGAAAGUACGAUUUCAAAACCAGCAAUUGGUGUGAAUGCAAAAACAUUUGUUGGCACCAUUUAUUUAAAAAAAAAAAGCUGUAUGCAGCAGAAAGCCUUAUCCACGCUGUUCCCCUCCGUUGCGUUUUCCUUUCCGUGGUCCCUCUGUUUCUGUUCGUUUCAUGUGAAUUCUCUGCAAAGGAAGGCCUCUCUCUUUGGACUGCAAUUCUGUGGCAGCCACGUGCUGUGCCUGCCCCCGUCUAAACGAAUAAUGAGGAUGUUCAGUCCCCAAAUUAUCUGUUACGAUACUGAACCUUUAGCUUUUUUUCCCCCCUUCUUCCCUUCAGCUCCAUGUAAAUGCCUUUAGCAUUUCAGUUAUUGUAUAUUUUGUUUAAGGUGACACUUCGCAUGCCGCUAAGGUCUUUGUUAGUGACAGUGCAUUUCGUAGUACUGUACAAGUGUUGUGCUAACGGUAAGCCAUUUCUUAAGUUUUUUGCCUUGAUUAGGGUACCCUAAUUUGAGGGUUUAAAAAAACUAUAUUUUUGUUAAUUAUAAAACUGUAAAAAGCUCUAAAAGCUGUUCACAUUUUGUUAGUUGAAAGGGUUUUAUUGCUAAAUGUUUGGUGUAAAGUUAAGACCCUUUCCCAUUUUGGUGACAGAUUUCUUUGGGGAAAAAAAGGCAGCUUUCUGUUUUAUAAAUGCAGACUUCUGUUUAUGGAAUGAAGCAUAUCUCAGUGUUUAUCUGUCAAGUUUUGAAACAUUUCAUAUAUGUCCAAAUACUUGGCAGCAUUUAAAAAAAAAGUGAAUUUGGUGUAAAGUUGCUAUUUUAUGGAAAUGCCUCUAACUUUACAUUUUCAUUCCAUCUGUAGAUUUUUCUAUCUUUAUAAAAUAUGGGAGUUAUUUUUUAAGGAAAAAUAGAGCAGUAGCUUGUGAAUAGCCCAAACUAAGCUUACAAAUCGCAUGUAAAAAAGCAAAAAGGUAUUUGUGUCUGUUUAUAUCGCUUCCUUUUUUGUAGCCUUUGUACCUGUACAGGGUGACUGGAAGGGCCCAGCAGAAGAGGCGUAAUCCAUGUAUAAAAUAGGAGCCAGCGACACUCUUGUAUUUAUCUGUUCUCUUUUUAGUCAGUCACUUCAAAAAGAAAAAAAAAAGCUGUACAUUUUAACAUAAAAUAAAUUAUGAUGAGCCAUUUUUAGCCUCUUGUGUCUUGUCAUAUUAUGAUGAUUAACAGAAAAUGACCAACUGAGCUGUAUUGUUUGUUACAUCUCUGUAGCUUAAACACUGCCUUCAUCUCAGAACACAUACACAUUUGGGGAAAAUAAGUUAUUUAGCAUCAAUUUGGAGUUCUGGGUUGUUGGGGAGGUUUUUU